CGCCGGCUAUGUAAAGGUAGUCAUAGAAUACAACAAAGAAAUGUCAACUCCACUCCUUAUUCAAUAUUGACUGGAUUUAUUUUCAGUUUUCUAACUCUUAUGCGAAUAGCUGUCCUUACUUGUACUGUGCAUACAACUGCAGGAGACGGUGAAUUUUUAUACAGCACCACAUUUUAUUUCAAAUUGCCCGAAUAUGCCUCCUACCCUUCAGGGCCCGCAAACUCGCUCUCAGCAAACCGUUGAAACUCGCUGGAACAGAAUUUGCGACUGCAAGGAUGAGCUACUUACUCAUUCUCAAUGUAACAAGAUGGGAAUACAAAUUACCCGUCUCGAACUCGAAACUAGCCCUGAUUCUGGAAGAGAGAACAGACCAGUCGCUGGCUCUUACUUCGAACCACUGACCGACGCUUUUAUGUCUGUACAUCCUAUUGACUCACAGCGGCUAGAAAAGUUGUUGAAACGGGACCCGGAAUUUCUUGUUUUGAGGGACUACGAUUCCUCAGCUGCUAUAGCUGAAGAUAGGAUAAAGGAAUUUGGCCAGAGGUACUGGGGUCCGAAGGAAUGUCUUGAAGAGGUUGUUGCUGUUUUUGAGCAACAUAUCUCCCGUGUUCCGCGACUGAGCCGCGAGGGCUUUGUUGGGGACUGCCUGACGGACCUUGUCGACUGGUCUGAGGUCAAUCACACGGUCACAUUAUCCCAAGCAUAUUAUCUGCCGUCGCGGAAGUAUCUUCGAGACGAUAUGCACCCAGUCAAGAUCAUGUUCGAGGCGGUAGACUAUGUAUACCCACAUGUUACCAUGGUUGUUCAACAUAACACCAAAGAUAUCGUGAACGAUGACCUGAUACUGCGCCAUGAGUUGGCUUACAUUCUCCAUGUGAUGAGAACCCGUCUGCAUGAAGGUCUAUUUGCUAAGAAACAACCGCAGCCGGUAUUAAUGGUAUCGUUCGUUGCUCCUCAGAAUGGUCGAAUCUUGGAAGCCUACAUUGAGGACCAGUGCAGGGUUAAGGUAGCAUGUAGUCGUCUAUAUAGUUUUGAGCAUAACUCAACAGCGCCUUUUCCAUUGUUCUACCGCUGGUUCUUGGGUCGGCCUAUUGGUAUAGAACCGUCAAAACCAAGACCAAGACCGCACCAGAUUGGGAGUGAUAUGUUGUGUUCAGGACCCACGGUUGGUUACAGGUGACGGGAUGUUUUCUUUGUCUACAUCUUUGAAAUUUCAACCUUCACGAUUCUUCUUUUGUCUAGACUGAAGUUUCUUUGUGAUUGCAACUACCAUAUCUUCCUCUUUUAGCUGAAACGGU